AUGGAAUGUUCUUCACACACUUUAUUUCUUCUUCUUCGUCUUCUUCUUCUUCUUCUUCUUCUUAUUGCUUUUCUCGUUUCUUUCUUGUUUUUUUUUACCUGUUUUUCUUCUUUGCAAUAUUUCUACCUUAUCUUUUUUUAUUUUUUAUUUUUUAUUUAUGUUUUUCCAUGUUUCUUUCUUUUUUUUCGUUUUAUUUUUAUUUUCUUCUUUUUCUUUUUCUUCAUUUUUCCUUUUCGAUUUUUUCGUCACUUUUAUUUCAUCAUCACCAUUAUCUUUCUUUCUUUUUUUGGUAUAUUCUUAACAAACUUCUUCAUCUUCUCCUUCUUCUUCUUCUUCUUCUUCUUCUUAUUAUUAUUAUUAUUAUUAUUAUUGCUUUUCUCGUUUCUUUCUUGUUUUUUUUUACCUGUUUUUCUUCUUUGCAAUAUUUCUACCUUAUCUUUUUAUUUAUUUUUUAUUAUUUAUGUUUUUCCAUGUUUCUUUCUUUUUUUUUUCGUUUUGUUUUUAUUUUCAUCUUUUUCUUUUUCUUCAUUUUUCCUUUUCGCUUUUUUCGUCACUUUUAUUUCAUCAUCACCAUUAUCUUUCUUUCUUUUUUUGUUAAUGCAAAUAAUUCAUAGCAAUUUUCUUUCUUCUUCAUUCCUUCGAACGACAAUUUUCUUUCUUUUCUUUUUUUCAACACUCCGUCUAACGACAAUUUUCUUUCUUUUCUUUCUUCUUCAUUCCUUCUAA